CACUAGAGUCUGCCGCACAGGCUCAGAGCCCACAUGCGAGGAGGGGGUGACUACAUUGUGUCUAUUGUAUGUUUUUUUGUUUUGGUUUGGUUUCGGUUUUUUUUUUACCCCCCUGACAUUUUGCACGUUUCACGGGAGGUGUAAAUCGGGAAUAAAAAGCAUGGCAGAUGAGCAAGAAAUAAUGUGCAAACUCGAGAGCAUCAAGGAGAUCAGGAAUAAGACUUUGCAGAUGGAAAAAAUAAAGGCAAGACUGAAAGCAGAGUUUGAAGCCCUGGAGUCUGAGGAGAGGCACCUGAAAGAAUAUAAACAGGAAAUGGACCUGCUGCUGCAAGAGAAGAUGGCCCAUGUGGAGGAGCUGCGGCUGAUCCACGCUGACAUUAAUGUGAUGGAGAACACUAUCAAGCAGUCUGAGAACGAUCUUAACAAGCUUUUGGAAUCUACUCGCCGGCUCCACGAGGAGUACAAGCCCCUAAAGGAGCACGUGGAUGCCUUGAGAAUGACUCUGGGGUUGCAGAGGCUGCCAGACCUAUGUGAAGAGGAAGAGAAACUGUCCCUUGACUACUUUGAAAAGCAGAAAGCAGAAUGGCAGACAGAACCACAGGAGCCUCCCAUCCCAGAGUCUCUGGCUGCAGCUGCUGCAGCUGCCCAACAGCUGCAAGUGGCCAGGAAGCAAGACACAAGACAGACAGCAACUUUCAGACAGCAACCACCUCCAAUGAAGGCGUGUUUGUCGUGCCACCAACAAAUCCAUCGGAACGCGCCCAUCUGUCCACUCUGCAAAGCAAAGAGCCGAUCUCGGAAUCCCAAAAAGCCCAAGAGGAAACAGGAUGAAUGAAAUCCAGAAGACUGACAAGUUGUGUGACCUGUCCCAGUACUCUUCCAGUAGAAUGGCAAAUUUGCCCAGACUUUACUGAAUUGCAGACUCAAGUAUGACUGUCUCAUUGUUUUCUAUUUAAAUGCAAUGUAAGCACAAUGUUCCUGCUCUUAAGUUCCUUCCAGUCUUUAGGAUUUGGUUUUAGGUACAUUAGGUAUAUAUUACUGGUGCUACAGUUUAACAUUUCAAUUGUUCCAUUUUUUCUACAUCAUUCUACUCCUAGACAAACUGGAAUUCUUUGUGCAAGUAUCCAAAAUGUUAGGCUAUUUCUAUUGAUCAAGUGUGAUUACCACAAAUGCUUUUAUGUUCUCUUUUUGAAAAACAGAUGUUACUAAAAGAUUGUUCUGUUUUCUCCUGAUGACAGGAGACUAUUUGAAGUUCUGAAAUAGCAGACUGCCUGUUUGUUUCACUGAAGAACAAUAUGUUUUCCAGUCUCAUAAGACUGGGUAGGUUUGGGUAUCCAAUUGAACUUUUAAACAGGUAAUGUUCAGGGAAAACAAGAUUUGUUAUGGAGAAAAUCAGUGCAUUAAGAACACACAUGGGUUUUGAUUUACAGAAGUUGAUUGUACAUUCCCUCAAACUUGACUUAAAACUUGGAAAGGUGCUGGCUGUGUAUGAAAUUCUAAAAAUGAUAUAAUUUCUCAUGCUUUAACAUCUUAACAAGUUAUUAUUUCCAGCAGUCAAAAGACUGAUUGACUUAAGGACAAGGCUGAAGUGAACUGUAUUAGUGGUCCUCCUAGGCUCUAUGGCUGACCAGCACACUGUGGUUCUCUAGGAAAUAUGCAUGAUAUAGCCCAGAUCUCUUUGUUCACAGACUGCACAUCAGCUAUUCUGCAUUCUUCUGUUCCUGGUUUCUUCUGCCAAAAUCUGGCAGACACAUCCUCCACUGGAGCAGAGGAAAAUUCAGGAACAUGUAUGAGGAACAGUUCAACUAAAAGUUAUGUAUUUCACCAGAACCAACGAGCUUUGGUGUCAUAGUCCUCCCUCAACCUUUCUGGGGUUUUGUCUUUUAAUAGGUCAGUUUCAAAUAAGCUUUACUUCAGGUCAGUUUGUUUUCUUGUUUCCUGUGUGCCUAAAGAAUCCUGACUAAAGCAUCUGGAGUAGAUCACUCCCUGUAUGUCUUCCCUUUGUUUCAUGUAAUGUAACAGCAGUUCUUGCAAUGGGGAAGAUGGCAGUGAUUCACUUGCAGAACUGGCACUUGGAAUUUACUCAUUUCUAAUCCCAGUUUUGUGACCACCUUUGUUGCCUAAAUUGAUCUCAAGUGUUAAAUAUUCUUUUCACUAAGCAGGAACUGCUUGUUCACAUUCUUCUCUCUCUAGCCCAGGUUUGUGUCUGCUAUUAUGUUAGAGUGGUUAUAUUGAGAAUUUGGCUUGUUAGAUAGGAAGAACAGGGAAGCCCCAAGUGUCUGCUCCAAGAACUUUGCCAAAUGUUGACAACUGUAAUAAAUCCACAUAAUGCAAUUUUGUCAAAUCAUGUACAUCACCAUUAAUUUCCUAAGUCUGCCACAAAGAACAUGAGUGAUUUACUGAAUAUAGUCCUUAAACUUAAGCCAGGUUCAGGAGAUAUUCCCCCAUUUUAAUGUUACAUUGUCAAAUCAACAUCUGUCAAUAGCAGACAGAAUGUGGACCACUUGCCCCUGAAAUUAUGUGAAGAGCAGAUUCUGCUAGGUGAAUUACAGGGAUUUGGUCUCUCAGAUAGCAAUAAUGGAAAAUAGUCUCCAUGCUCCAAAUGGCAAUAGUGUGUUAUGCAUGUUCUGUAGCACAAAUACUGGAUUCUACUGUUUUAAAUAUCAGAGUGGUCACAUGCUGUGUGCCCUGUUCAGAGCAAUUCCUAUGGAGUUGAAGGGAAAAUGCACAGAGUUCAAAGACAGCAUGUGGACUUCCCAAAGUGCAGACAUGAGAGCAGCAUACUUUGGUGGUAGUUGUACAUAAAUGUAAGAAGUAGUGCCAAUGGAGUGGGCGAGUGGUCUGCAAUGAAGUAGUGUGAAUAGAAGGAUUGAUUUGUAGAAACUUUGACUUACAGCUCUGAAAUAGGUAGGGUUAGUCAUAGCUGUUCUCACUUCACUGUUACUUUGCCAGGUUUUUUCUUUCUUGGGAGAUCCCUUAACUGAAGCAUACUUAAGGAUGCACCAUUUACUAAUUUAGUACAACAGUUUUGUAUUUUUACUUUUUUAAACUAGUCUCAUGUGCUCUUGUGUUUUACAAGGUUAGGGUUUGUUUUUGUUAUUUUAAACUGAACGUGACAUCCCGUGUUUGGAUCAAUUGUACUAGUAUUUACAAAUUUUCAUGUCCUUUAUGAAGUUUUGCCAUAUGAAUAGCAUGCAUUGCUCAGAGUGAGUGUCACUGGAGAUAAGUCAGCAGGGCCAAACAAAAGGGCCAAACACAACCUGGGGUACAUCAAGCACAGCAUUUCCAGCUGAUUGUCUCACUCUGCACUGCACUGGUGAGGACUUGAGCACUGGGGGCACUUUGGGAUGCCUCAAUGCAGGAAGGACAUCAGACUACUACAGUGUCCUAGAGGAGGUGUGUGAUUGCAGAAGGUCUCAAGGACAAGAUCUCUGAGGAGCAGCUGAGGACACUUGGCUUGUUCAGUUUGGAGAAAAGAGGGCAGAGGGGUGUCCUCAUCACAGCCUACAACUCCCUCGAGGGGGAAGCAGAGGAGGAGGUGCUGAUCAGCCUCUGAUGACCAGCAACAGGAUAUGAGGAAAGAGAAUGAAGCUGCAUUGAGGGAAGCUCAGACUGGACACCAGGAAAAGCUUCUUCUCUCAGAGAAUGUUUGGUCCCUGGUGCAGUGACCCAGGGAAGUGGCCAAGGCACCAAGCCUGUCAGGGUUUGAGGAGCACCCAGGUGACACUCUCAGCCACACAGUUUAAUGCUGGGCAGUGAGGAGCAGGGAGUUGGACUUGAUCAUCCUUAUGGGUCCCUUCAUACUUAAGAUAUUCCAUGAUUCUAGCCAUUUCAAGGAGAUAAAAUGUGUAUUAUGCAUUAGGGUAGCAUGGGGGUGGGGGCAGGGAGGGAGGCAGUGUCUUUCAUAGGAAAGAAUAUUCUUCUCUCUCACGGAAUAAUCACAGAAGUUUAACUGAAGAAUUCUUCUCGUGACAGCCCCAGGCUUUUCUCUCCCAGGCAACUCUCUCAAGAGACUGGAGGAAUCAUUAUGAAAUAUUGAUUUCUUGGUGUUCAGACAGAAGAGGAAGCUGUCUGAAGUACUGCUCUUAACACAAGCCUACUGCAUUUUUGCUUCAUGGAGCAACAAUGGCUUCUUCCUUUGUAUCUAAAGUAUUUGUGGAUACUUCUUCACUUCGCUUAAAUUUAUUCAUAUUUGGGUCAAAUUGUCUGAAUAGGCACAAGGAGACCCUCCUCAAAGCUUAGGAGACUUUAAUAUUACUGAAGUCUGGUUUAACCCUGUCUUUGUCAUUCUGUUUUUAAAAGGGUAUCCAAGUAACAACAAAAUAACUCUUGGAUUCUCUUGGUAUAGAUGGUUUCCAGGGUCUUUUCCUGGUUCAUCACUUGCCUCAAAGGAUGAUCCUGUUGUUCUGCAAUCAAACAGAAAAAAACCCAAAUAAAAUUCCAAGUCUUUUGCCCUGCCAUCGACCUUAAGCUCAUCAGUAAAAGGAUGCAAACACUGUACUGUAUUUAAAUGCUUUACUAUAGAAAUUUUCAUACCCAAGCUGGGGUGGAUCAGUUGUCCAAACUUUAGUGCCAAGGACACCAUUAACUAUAGAGAAAAUGUAAGGCAAAUUUAAAUACUUGCACUUCCUGAAUUCAACCUUAGCUUUUUGAACAGGACCCUGACUGAACCUGACCGUGGAUUCAACUUACAUAAUCUAAAUUUGAAAGAAUAGACAUUGAUGUGUUACUUUAAAUAGCAUACUAUUCAAGAAAUUGAGACUUCACUAGCACUUUAAAUAAAUAAAAAGUGCUUUAUUAAUUUCUUUUACAGUUUUAUAAUUCCUCCAUAUACAUUUUCAUUUUAGUAUUUAGGUAUUCUAGCAAUAUCUGGUGUUUUCACUGACUUCUGUGUUUUAAGUAUUUUACUCCUGUGCCUCAUAGGAGUAGCAGUGUGAGAUCUGUUUAAUUUGUCUGUACAGUCCUUUUUAAUAAAUGUUUGUUUCACGUCAUGCUUUCCUCCUGCAGAGUAUUUUCACACUUCUUAUUUGCUUAUGCUACUAAGAAGCCCAGGUGGUAAAACUCAACUCUCUGAUUUUACAGAAUACACUUACCCAUGAUUCUAUUAUACCAUUAUAGAAACUUUAUGGAAAUAAACAUGGGGAAAAAAGAUC